UCUUCGAAACCUGCCGUUGUAUUGCUUUCUCUCUCUGAGGUUCGUCACCAACUCUCUUUAUAACCUCAAUACCUUCCACACUUCCAUCAACACAUCUCUCUCUCUCUCUCUCUCUCUGUGAAAAACAACUCAAAGUUCAACACUUUGGAGAAGACCCAAAGGAAAGAAAGACAUAAACAAACACAUUUGAUUUUUUCAUGGAGUCUAUGAGUACUACAAGAAGGCCGUGUUUCAUUGAGGAAGAUGAUGGGUUGGCCUCUCUGGCAGACAUGGAAGCUGGGAUCUCUGGAAGCAACCACAACCACAACCACCCUGUCUUGUCCAGAACGCUCUGUUACAGCGCUUCAUACAAUACCAGGAAGGGGAGUUUCAGGAACGUUUCGGUUUCGUCUCCGAGAUCUGCGAGGUUCUAUGAUGCUAGAUUCGAAGAGCCCCAACCCCAUUUCUUGGAAGCCUGUUUUCUUUGCAAGAAACCCCUUGGAGAUAAUAGAGACAUCUUCAUGUACAGAGGGGACACUCCGUUCUGUAGUGAGGAGUGCAGGCAAAUGCAAAUAGAAACAGAUGAAGCCAAUGAGAAGAACUGGAAUCUCUCUUCUUCUGUGAAGGCCUUGAGAAAAAAGCAGCAGAGGGAGUCUUCUUCCCCCACCAAAACCCAGGACUGUCGUUUUGAUACAAGCACCAUGGUAGCCGCUCAAAUAUAUGUAUAAAAAGAAAAAGAAAAAGAAAAAAAAACAAAAAUAAUAGAAAAAAUCUAUGUCUAAUAGCUUUCCAAGAAGAAAAAAAGAAAAAAGGCCAAGAACAGAGGAGGGAGAAGAAGAACAGAGGAUAAGAAGGAUACCCAUUUUGAGGAGUUUUGUUUAUGUUGAAUAUGUGAAAAUCUUUUAGUAUAGAGGAGAGUGUGUUGUUGCUUGCAUCUGCUCCAUGAGAUGGCUCUAUUUGGGGUUGUUAAUUUUUUUUUCUUUUUUGAAUCUUCUUUUUGGUAAAUUUAUUUUAAAUAUCCCAAGUAAAACUAAAGCUUCUCACUCUGUUUUGUGAGCCUUUUCUUCA